GUUGUGGCGCUGCUGCACCGUUCAAAAUUUUUAAACCAUGCUAUAAUAAUUCUAAUUAAGAUUAAGAUUAAUAAUCUCCGCAGCUGAAGUCUGUAGCUAAGGUGUAAUUUGGUGACAGCUAUGCCAGAGACUUGGGCAUUUAUUUACAGAGGGUUGGUGUUGUAAACAAGAACAGUUUGAUAAAAAUGGAGAGCAAUGCUGGUGAUCUCUAUCCAUGUCAAUAUUGCAAAGUGGCAUUUUCAAAUGUUUCCUUUUUGAAGACACAUUUGAAAUUCAAACAUGGAGGAGAAGAAAUUGCCAAUUGGAGUCUAGGUCUCACUUCUAAAAAUAGUGAACAUUCUUUCCAACCAUCAAGUUUUCAUCAACAUCUUACUAUUUUUAUGAAAACAAAGGCUUACAAGUGUGACAGAUGUAAUAAAUGUUUUACAAAGCUUAGCCAAUUGAAAAAACACCUUAGAAAUAGCACUGAAGAAAAGACUCGUGAGUGGGACACAAAAAUUGGCCAAUUUAAACAACAGCUAAAAAAUCAUACUGUUAAAAAGCCUUACAAGUGUGACAUAUGUGGUAAAUGUUUUACAAAGCUGUACCAAAUAAAGAAACACCUUAAAACUCAUACUGGAUUAAAGCCUUAUACUUGUGAAACAUGUGGCAACUGUUUUUUGAAGUUUUCAUGUUUACAGAGACACCUUCUAAUUCAUUCAGGAGAAAAGCCUUACAAGUGUGACACAUGUGGUAAAAGCUUUUUACAGUUUUCAAAUUUAAAAAGUCACCAAAGACAUCAUACUGGAGAAAAACCUUACAAAUGUGGCACAUGUGGUAAAGGUUUCACAGAAUGUAGCAGUUUACUGAGACACCAUAGAGUUCAUACAGGAGAAAAGCCUUUCAAGUGUGACAAAUGUGGUAAAUAUUUUACAGAAUCAUCAAACUUAACGAAACACUUAAGAAUUCAUACUGGAAUAAAACCAUACAAGUGUGAUACAUGUGGUAAAUGUUUCACAGCGUUUUGGGAUUUAAAGAAACAUGUUAAAAUUCAUUCAGGAGAAAAGCCUUACAAUUGUGACAAAUGUGGUAAAUGUUUUAUGGAUCGUGACCGCCUUAAGCAACAUGUUAAAAUUCAUUCAGAUGAAAAACCUUACAAAUGUGACAACUGUGAUCAAAGUUUUUUACAGCUUACUUACUUAAAGAUACACCUUAGAAAUCAAAACUUAGAAAAGCCUUACCAGUGUGACAAAUGUGGUAAAUGUUUCACAACAAGACAUUCAUUAAACAACCACCUCAGAUUUCACACAGGGGAAUUACCCUACAGUUGUGACAAAUGUAGUAAAUCUUUUGUAUCGAAGAGGACUUUACAGACCCACUUAAGAAUUCAUACUAAACCUCAUUAG